AUGCUGCAACAAAUUUUGCAUGAUAUGUACAUUGACCCUGAGCUCCUGGCAGAACUGAAUGAAGAGCAGAAGCUCAUCCUGUUCUACAAAAUGAGAGAAGAGCAGCUGAGGCGUUGGAGGGAAAGGGAGGAAAAAGAACAAAGGGAGGAAGCUGCACUGAAAAGGACCACGAGACUCAAGCAAAGUAAUGACAAACAUGUGCAGUGGCUGCAUGGGAGUGAUGGUGAGAUCUGGGUCUGGAUAAUGGGAGACUCCCCAGGUGACAAGCCAUAUGAACAGAUUUCUGAAGAACUAAUGGCAGAACGAGCCAGGCAGCAAGCACAGAAGGAGGCAGAAGAACUAUGGAAGCAAAAAGAGGCUGAAAUUACAAAGAAAUUCCGGGAUGCUGUGGCUAAGGAGAAAGCCAAAAUAGUGGCAGAAAAAUGGAAAAUAGAAACAGAAGAUCGAAAAGCAGCCAAACUGAUGGAGGAAAAAAUUCAGGAGGAAUUAAAGAAAAGAGAAGAAGAAGAGAGGCAAAGAGGUGAAGAACAGAUACGACAGCAGGAGGAACUUAGAGCAAAAGAAUUGUACUUGAGCCUCAAGCAAGCUCAACAGCACAGCCAACACAAUGAACAUGAGGACCAGGAGUGGAAAGAACAGUUGUGCCGCUCAAAGGCUGCAGAUGAGGAAAGGAGCCACAAAGCACGCAGGGCCCGGGAUGAAUAUCGACGGCAAUCCUUACGAGCCAUCCAGAAAGGAAAAGUGGCUGGCUUGAGUAACCUGUUCAAGGGGACCAGCCUGAAUAAUGAACCCGUGAUAAAGCUGAAUAGCAACAAUCCUAGCCCACUAAUGACGCUCACUACACCAGCCAGGAAAGCUUGGGAGCGUCCUUCUAGACCCAUUUCCAGAGAAAUCCUCAUUCAUUGGUUCAAGGAGGAGCAGCUUCCACGACGUGCUGGGUUUGAGAGGAACACCUGUGCUGUUGCGCCCUGGUUUCAUGGUAUUAUUAGCCGCCAGGAGUCAGAAGAGCUGCUAAUGAACAAGUCUGAAGGAGCAUUCCUGGUGCGGGUCAGUGAGAAAAUCUGGGGCUAUGCCUUGUCUUAUCGCCAACAGAGUGGGUUCAAACACUUUUUGGUGGAUGCUUCAGGGGAUUUCUACAGCUUCUUGGGCGUGGAUCCCAACCGGCAUGCAACACUCACGGAUCUUAUUGAUUUUCACAAGGAAGAAAUUAUCACAUCCUCAGGUGGGGAGUUACUACUGGAACCAUGUGGACAGAGGAAGAACCCACCUGACUACAGUUCUUUAUUUGAAUGACUGUUUUCAGUCUUUAGGACUAGAAUGAAAAUCCUGUGGACAGUUAAAAUAGUAUGUUAGUUAUCAAAUCUUCAGUCACUAGCUGUUUGACCAACAAACUACCACCACUAAAAGGUCCUAGAAGCAACCAUUUGAUACCUGAUUUGUGGUAAUUAUUUAUAUCACCAAGAGUUUAAAGAUGAGAGAAUACUGACUGACUACAGGUGAAGACAAUUCUCAGUGGUCCUUGUAAGAGAUGUGGUCAACUGGCAUUGACACUCAAGGUUUCUGAAGAUUUACGUUUUGUUUUUGUUAUGUCUCUUCUUUAAGAUUCCCAGAGGCUCAUGUUAGUGAACUGAAGUACUAAUGUGCCCCUGGCUGUGCUGUCAAUUGCAGGAGGUAUUUCCAUUUAAGCAGUGGUUUGUAUUUCCUGGACUGAUCCUUGUUCCUUGGAUAUAUUUUAGAUUUCUUGAUGAUAAUGAUGCAUAAUUGAUUUCUGUAGCUAAUUUAUUGCAGUGCAAGUACUCUGAAACCGCCUCUACAAAUAUUUGUUUAGUGCUAGUGAUUACCCCUGCAGUGUGUGUAUUUACCUUUUGGGGUGUGCCAAUGCAAAUUUUCUACUAGGCUGGAACUAGUUGCUGGUGAUGUUUUGCUCUCUUGGAAGUUCUUCCAGUAGUUUUAAGUUAAGGUUACAUCCUUGUAUUAUAGGUUUAGUUAUUAUAUAUUAAACAUGGAUUACAAGCAAUUUUUCUAUGCUGGAAAAACAGCUUAAUAAGAGAUGGCUCUGUUUUGGCUCAGAUUGUGUUCCCUUGAUCUGUGUAAAUGGUGGAAGCUCUCCAUUUGCAGAUCUCUUGCCCUUACUGAAUGCAAGGGUCUUAGGUGCCUCUGUGGCAGCAUUUACCCCCACUGUUCCCAGACUCCACAGAUCUGCAUGUGAGAAAGGAACAUUCAGUGGCAUUGAGGGCAGAGGGGGAGGGUGAAGGACACAUCUGGUCCUGUGGAGUUGCCCAUCCAGUGAGCAAAGUCUUUGGGGCUGAGCAUUAACAUACUUGCUGCAUUGCUCAUUAUACCAGCAGCAAGCAGUGGGUGCAUUGGCAGGGUUGGCCUUACCAUGAGGCGAACUGAGGUGGCCGCCUCAGGUGCCAGGCUGUGGGGGGGCACC